CCGACUUUCGUAUCAUUAUUUGAUCGUAGCACUGUACAUUAUUAUAUUAUUAUUUUCUUUAUUAAGAGUUUACGUGAUUUCAAUAUAGGUAUUUCGUUUCACUCGGAGUGCAAGGCUCAAAUAUUUUCACAAAACGAUAAUCAUCAUAGUUUAUACAUUCAUUUCGAUUUAGUUUUAAUCUCAAAAUACCUGCACGCGUUAUACCAUUAUAUGAUUAAAAACCGUUUAAAAACUAAAACAAAAACCAUCGUCAUCGGCCGCAGUCUGACAUUUGAGGUCGCCGAGAUAGGUAGGACCCCGAUGACCAGUGCAGCAGAACUGAGUUAGAGUCAAUCGGUACUUUAAUAUAAGUACUUACUUCAGCUACAUCAUGCAAAUAAGACACGUCAUUGGAUUUACGCUGUUGUUGGUAGCUGUGCCAUUGCAGUUGUACUUGAUGAAGUACAACCAAGACUUCAGACACUUGGUAUCGGAAAUCGUGAAAAACUUAACGGAUGACCUUCUGCAGCUGUCUAGCGACUACGUUACCGGAUGUGUCAGCACCACGAACUAUUACCUGCAAAGUACAUAUGACUAUUUGGGAUUAUCAGAACCAUUUGAAGAACAAGAAGUGCCAGAAAAUUUAAUUCGAAAUUUUAGACCACCCCAUUUAGAAUUCAGUAUUGGAAACGUGGUAUUGAUACAUGCCAUGAUACCUGGCAUCAUUGUUGGAUGGAACAUUGAUAAGACAGAUCUCACCAAAGAACCAGAAUAUCUAAUUUUAGUAGAAAAUCAUGGCGAAUUGAUGAAAUUAGAUCAAGAUAAAAUUAUAGUUCAAUUACAAAAUAUGAAGAUCAAUCACAAAAUGGUCGAUCAAUAUUUUGAAAGUUUUGAUGGAAUUGGAUACCUACCAAAUGUAUCACUCAAGAAAAUGUACCCGAAAGGUUAAAUCCACCUUCAAGCAACAACUGUACAAAUACAUAUAGUAAUAUAGGUAGAAAUUAUAAAGUUGUAAGGAACGGGAUAAAUAUUGUUAAGAAAUAAAAACAAAAAGAUUUCAUUUGAGUUUGCUUUCUUUUAAAUAAUAAAAUGUCUAAAAAUGUCCAUAUAAAAAAAAAAUACUGAGGUUAAUUUAAUUUUUGAAGUUGUAAAAUCAAGCAUGGGUUGUUUGGAACUUCGAUGUUUAGUAUUCUUCAC